AUGGACAACAUUUCGGGACCAGGCUCAAUCGCAAUGAAAACACAGUUAUUCGGUUUGACAAUUGCCAUAAUGGGUUCGUUGGGAAUCCAAUGCGGCGCCCACCGUCUCUGGUCUCACCGCUCAUACAAAGCCAAAUGGCAGCUCCGGGUGCUGUUGGCCGGCCUACAGACCCUCGCCCUACAGAACACUAUAUACUCGUGGUGUCGCGACCAUCGCGUGCAUCACCGGUACUCCGAGACCGACGCCGACCCCCAUAACGCCAAACGGGGCUUCUUUUUCGCGCACAUGCGUUGGCUCAUGUGUCGCAAGCACCCGGACGUCACCCGUCUGGGCAAACAGGUAGACAUGUCCGACCUAUGGGCCGACCCUAUAGUCCGGUUUCAACACAAAUACUACUACCCGUUAGCUGUUGUAAUAUGGCUGAUAAUACCGGUGUCAGUGCCGGUAGUCUUAUGGGGUGAGACAUGGUAUGUGGCGUUUGUGGGAAACUGUUUCCGGUAUAUCGUGUCUCUACACGGGACAUGGCUCGUGAACUCCCUGGCCCAUUUAGGCACCCACUGGUCCUACCGUCCGUACGACAAACACAUAAACCCGGCUGACAUUCGUACGUUCAACUACCUGGCCAUGGGUGAGGGCUGGCAUAACUAUCACCACACCUUUCCCAACGACUACUCGGCCUCAGAGUACGGGUGGAAAGACAACUGGAAUAUUGCGACGGCUUUCAUAGAUAUGUUUGCAUGGAUUGGGUGGGCGUAUGAUAGGAGGCGUCCCGCGGAGGCGGUGGUUAAGGCGAGAAUCGACAGAACCGGUGAUUCCGACCAAAAGUAUAACGGAUUGUCCGGAGUUUACAUAAUACUCGAUAGCAUUGUCGGCCUAACAGUUAUUGGUUGCCAUUACUAUUGA